ACUGAAGUGUAGUAAUCCUGAAGAACUGUGCCAAAGAAUGCAGUCACAUACCUACUCAAGGGUUAAACCAUCUGCAACAUAUUGCAAAACCACAUGCUGUUUUGAAAUAUAAAAAAGCUCUACACCCUUCAUAGGCCAUUUCCUGAAAACAUGCUUUAGCUUCCCCUUUUAUGCUUUAAGUAUAGAAGAAGAAAAAAACACUGUAUGAACUUCAAACACUUUUUUACAUGCAUGGGUGGAAGAAGAAAUUCACUAACCCAUUAAACUGUAAAAAUUCAUUUAGGUAAUAUGGAUAGAGAACAGAAUAAUGCAUCACAAAAAAACAAGACAUCAGAAAAUUACAUAUGGUUGGCACCAUCCAUAGCUGGCGGAAUUUUAAUCUUUAUGUUAAUAGCUAUUCUAGGCAUUGUUUUAUGGAAAUAUCUGAAGAAAUCCAAAACUAAUGAAGAGAAUUGGGCAGGCCCCUCUCCACUUGCUGAUGUGGGAAGUGCUGAUAACAGCAGAUUUAAUACUAUGGAAUUAAACCUUGGUACAAAAUGUAUGCCAAUUCCAUGCAUAAAUACACGUACAGAAAUUUGUGACAAAUCCCAUAUCUUACAAGAGGAUGAUAAUCUAACGAAUGGUUUGAAACAAGAAUGCAUGGAGAAGAAGAGUACCACUACAAAACCAACUGCUGCAGGAAUUAAAUGUACACCAGUGCCCUUUCCUACUGUAGAUAAAACACAUAUAUUGGACUCUGCACCUGCAAACCAGCCUCACACUCUGCCUUCCUACAUUCUCCCAAAUGUUGACCCUCAGUUACCACCUUCACCUGAUGAUCUAGAGUAUCCAGUGUUCCCACCACAAGAUGACACAGAUGUGAGCCAUCUGCCUCCUCCAUUAAUGCUAUAAGAAUCUAUAAGUCUGUAAUAACACAGAAGAAAUUCUUUAUACUUCGAUAUGCAAAGAAUGCCUAAAUUGGUUUGGAACAAUCCAUUAUAUUUCUUUCCUCACAACUAUGAGUUUCAAAAAGAACUUGCUUGAUUUGUUCUCAAAUACAUGUAUAUGUCCUUUACUAGAAUAUUCCAUAGUAAACAGUAUACAAAAUAAAUUAUCAUGACUUGAUUAUACCUACAUUUAACAACUGACUUCACCUACUGGGGAAAAUGUGUUUCUCCAAAUUUCAAUGAUUUAAAAGUAAGCCAAACCAAAAAUAUUUUAGUAAGUUAACAGAAAUACAAGUUUUUCUGGAGAGAUUCUUGGAGCAAUUAUAAAGUAGCCACACAAUGCCUUCCUAUAGUGAAAGAAAAGCAGUGCAUAUAUGGGAUUAAGUUCACCAUACACAUAUUUUUCCUAAGAGAUGGACCAAAUCAGGCUUAUUUGAUCAGACAUUUAUUGGGGGAGGGCAUCAUUUAGGGUCUAUACACUGGCCAAACAAGCGACUAACACACAGAAAGGUGUAAAAAAUCUCCCUGGCUGGGGGAACUGAAGUACAAGUGAAGGACACUUGACUUCAAUAGGUAUAUUUCUUGACAUCUUUUACAUGUUAUAGUUGUGGUUACAUUUGUGUUACAUGAUGUAUCUUCACUAUUAAGGGGGAAACAGAAAUCUGAGGAAGCAAAAGAAAACAUUCUUUUUAUAUGUACAGGUAUGGUACCAGAAUGCUUGCAACCUGGGGUUUUCUGGAUAAGGGGUCUUUCUGUAAUUUGAAUCCCCAUACCUUAAGGUUACUAAAAUAAUUUAAACAAUAAAUCUAAUUGGACUGUUUUGCCUCCAAUAAGGAUUAGGCAUAUCUUAGUUGGGAUCAAGAAAAGGUACUGUUAUAUUAUUACUUUUGAAUAAAAGGAGUCUAUGAAAAAUGA